CGCUCCUCUCCACCACCACCUCCCAAGCACCCUCACCCCCGCCGCAAGCUCCACCAUGUCGCGCACCCUCAAGCAGCAGAUGGGCCUCGAGGCCGACCCGCACGCGCCCGAGCACGUCAUGACCGGCGGGCAGCGCCUUACCAAGGUCUACACGCAGGGCGGCCACGAGCAGGACAGCGGCCAGCCGGGCCUGCCCACGUACCACCGCCGCAUCGCCAACCCCUUCCCGCUCUUUGCCAUCGGCAUCGGCGCCUCGCUGCUCAUCCUCGGCCUCGUCUUUGUCGAAGUGCGCGGCCUGCGCAACCCGCAGAUCUUCCUCAACAUCGGCCUACCGCUCGGCGGCGUCGGCGUGCUCACGGCCAUGGUCUUCUCCUUCGUCGAGGGCAACACGUUCCUCACCACGGCCGCCGGCUCGCUCGGAGGCCUCGUCGGCGGCGUCAGCCUCAUCUUCCUGCCGUGGACGGGUAUUCAGGCUACGUAUGUCGAGGAGGCGGGCGGCGUUGCGCCGGGCACCAUUGCCCUCUACCAGGCGCUGCAAGUCGUCUUCCUCGUCGCCUUCGUGCCCGUCUUUGCGGUCUUCGUGUCGAGCUUCAAGACGGCAGCGCCCGUCUCGUUCUCAGCCCUGCUCAUCGUCAUUGCGCUCUUCCUCCUCGGCGCCGCCUUCAAGGACUUCCCGCGCGAGAGCCUGCAGACGGCUGCCGGCGCCCUCUUCAUCGUUGUCGGCGUGUCGCUCUUCUACAGCGCCACGAGCGUGCUACUGGCGGAGGAAGGCAUCAAGUUCCUGCCCGUGCUGCCGCUGCCGCGCGGCGACUAGACGCUGCUUCUGGCUGUCUGCUGCGCCUCUUCGCCCCGUGUCCUGCAUCCCCAUCCCCCGGAGCGCAAGCCUGCCUCUCUGCCCGUGACCUGUCCCCGCGCUUGUGCGCCCCUGCUAUAUCAAUUAUUUCUCUCGA